UCCCAGAGGAGCGCGCUCGCUCGCAGACGGCUGCGGGCCGCCGGCCGCCGGGCAUGUCCCCUGACUGCGCGCUGGCGGCGGCCGCGGGCACCGGGCCCCCGCGCCUCCCGGCGCCGGACAACCGGACGCGCUUCUCCUUCUUCUCCGAGGUCAAGGGCGACCACCGGCUGGUGCUGAGCGCCGUGGAGACCGUGGUGCUGGCGCUCAUCUUCGCGGUGUCGCUGCUGGGCAACGCGUGCGCCCUGGUGCUGGUGGCGCGCCGCCGGCGCCGCGGCACCACCGCCUGCCUGGUGCUCAACCUCUUCUGCGCCGACCUCCUCUUCACCGGCGCCAUCCCGCUCGUGCUGGCCGUGCGCUGGACCGAGGCCUGGGCGCUGGGCCCGGCCGCCUGCCACCUGCUCCUCUACGUGAUGACCCUGAGCGGCAGCGUCACCAUCCUCACGCUGGCGGCCGUGAGCCUGGAGCGCGUGGUGUGCAUCGUGCGGCUGCAGCGCGGCGUGCGGGGCCCCGGGCCGCGGGCGCGGGCGGCGCUGCUGGCGCUCAUCUGGGGCUACUCGGCGCUGGCCGCGCUGCCGCUCUGCGUCUUCUUCCACGUCCUCCCGCAGCGCCUGCCCGGCUCCGAGCAGGAAAUUCUGAUUUGCACACUGGUUUGGCCCAGCCUCGCCGGAGAAAUCUCCUGGGAUGUGUCCUUCGUCACUCUGAACUUCCUGGUGCCGGGACUGCUCAUUGUGAUCAGCUACUCCAAAAUCUUACAGAUCACCAAGGCGUCGCGCCAGAGGCUGACGGUGAACCUGGCCUAUUCGGAGAGCCACCAGAUCCGCGUGUCGCAGCAGGACUUCCGGCUCUUCCGCACCCUCUUCCUGCUCAUGAUCUCCUUCUUCAUCAUGUGGAGCCCCAUCAUCAUCACCAUCCUGCUCAUCCUGGUCCAGAACUUCAAGCAGGACCUGGUCAUCUGGCCAUCCCUCUUCUUCUGGGUGGUGGCCUUCACGUUCGCCAAUGCGGCCCUGAACCCCAUCCUCUACAACAUGUCCCUCUUCAGGAACGAGUGGAGGAAAGUCUUUCGGGGCAUCUUCUUCCCAGAUAAGGGAGCCAUGUUUACAGACACGUCUCUCCGGAGAAAUGACCUGUCUAUUAUUUCCACGUAGUCAAUCUCUCUCCAGAGGCAGAGUGGGUCACUCUGGUGAGCCACUGGUGUGUCUUCAGAGGGACUGAACCUCCAGGACCCUCACCCCAGGGUGCCCUGCCUUAGGAACUGUGACCUAUGCAAAUGCAUUCACGGCACCAGUAAAUUAAGGGGCGAUCCUUCAGCGAAAGAAUUGUGUCCUUUAUGAAAGGAUUUGCUAUGGGUUUCUUGAAAUACGGACUUUUUCAGUGUGGGUGUCCUGUGAUUGAAUGUAAUAAACUUUUAUUUAUUCCUGUUCAA